AUGGAUACCUACAGCUUUGAGGAGAAAGGCAUCUUGAUUUGUCUGAAAGUCAGGCUAAUAUUAGAUCUAGGGACCUGUGAGGAUGCAGUGACCUAUGAGGAUGUGCAUGUGAACUUCACUCAUGAAGAGUGGGCUUUGCUGGAUCCUUCCCAGAAGAGUCUCUACAAAGAUGUGAUGCUGGAAACCUGCUGGAACCUCACUUGUAUAGGUUACAAAUGGCAAGACCACAAUAUUGAAGAACAUUAUCAAAUUUCUACAAGACAUGGAAGACAUGAAAGAAUGCAUACUGGAGAGAAGCCAUACGAAUAUAAUCAAUGUGGUAAAGUGUUUGCAGAGAAGAGAAGUCUUCACAGUCAUAGUCAUCUUCAACGUCAUGAAAGAAUUCACACUGGAGAAAAACCAUAUAAAUGUGAGAAUUGUGGUAAAGCCUUUGCACAGAAGGGUAGUCUUCAAAGUCAUGAAAGAAUUCAUACUGGAGAAAAACCCUAUGAAUGUAAUCACUGUGAUAAAGCCUUUGCAGAGAAGAGAAAUCUUCUCACCCAUGAAAGAAUUCACACUGGAGAGAAACACUAUGAAUGUUAUCAAUGUGGUAAAGCCUUUAUACAUAAGAGCAGACUUCAAAGUCAUGAACGAAUCCAUACUGGAGAGAAACCCUAUGAAUGUAAACAAUGUUGCAAAGCCUUUGCAAAAAAGAGCUAUCUUCUCACCCAUGAAAAAAUUCAUACUGGACAGAAACCCUAUGAAUGUAAUCAAUGUGGUAAAGCCUUUGCAUUGAAUCGUCAUCUUCUUACCCAUGAAAGAAUUCAUACUGGAGAGAAACCCUAUGAAUGUAAUCAAUGUGGUAAAUCCUUUGCACAGAAGAGUAAUCUUCAAAGUCAUGAAAGAAUUCACACUGGAGAAAAACCAUAUAAAUGUGAGAAUUGUGGUAAAGCCUUUGCACAGAAGGGUAGUCUUCAAAGUCAUGAAAGAAUUCAUACUGGAGAAAAACCAUAUAAAUGUGAACAAUGUGGGAAAGCCUUUGCACAAAAGAGUAGCCUUCAAAGUCAUAAAAGAAUUCAUACUGGAGAGAAACCUUAUAAAUGUGACCAAUGUGGUAAAGCAUUUGCAAACAAGAGUAAUCUUCACAGUCAUGAAAGAAUUCAUACUGGACUGUACCAUAUGGAUGUAAUCAAUGUGGUAAUAUCAGAUGUGAGCUGA